AUGUCCCCAAUACUGAAGAGGGAUAUAUCUGAACAUUAUAGACAAGCUAAAAGACUCGCAUCGAUAACUAUUGGAUCGACUUCAGAUACCCCAAAUUACGAGAACUACAAGCCGAUUCAUAGUGCAGAUGAAGGAUUAAACGGGACAGCAUUCAAUGGAAACGCGGGAUAUGCGAGUGGAUCUUCAGCAAGACAAGGUAUAGGAGUCGAUGGAAUUGAAGAUGAAAGUGCUUUUCCAAUUUGGAAAGGUAAUACUUCACCUUGGAAAGGGAAAGGGAAAGCGAAAGCGUUACCCAACAACGAGAAUGAGGAAGAGGAGGAGCAUGAACGUAAGAUAAGGGAGAUGGAACAAUAUGAAUUGAAUCAAGAUCAACAAGACGGUUUAUUCGAUACAAUUCCCGAUACGGACGAUUGGAAUCAGAAUCAGACGAGACCGAUUAAAGGCAAGUUGGAUUUCAUUGAAUCGGAAGAAGCAUUACAGAGAAGUACCAAAAAGCUGGGUAAAUGGAAAGAUUUGAGAAGCCUUCUGUUAGAGUCAACGCCGUCCCUCCUACUGUCUCUGAUCGGACUAGUAUUCACCGGUGAAUUACUGGAACAUCUAGCUCGAUGGCGGGUAUUUCGUCGAGUCGAUGAAUUGUUCAUAUUGGUACCUAUGAUAGGAAAUUUAAAAGGAAAUCUAGAAAUGUGUUUAUCAGCAAGAUUAGGUACAUCAGCAAAUAUAGGAGAAUUAGAUCACAGAUUAACGAGAAGAAAAAUGUUGAUUGCAAAUAUGACUUUAUUGGGAUUACAAGCUUUAUUGAUAUCUUCUUUGGCAGCUAUGAUUUCAUUCAUACUAGGUUUGUUAACCAUUCAUCGUUUGGGUGAUACACCUAACCCGGGAUCAUUAUCACCAUCUUCCUCUCCGAGUAAUCCUCUUGCAUAUCUCAACAUUACUAGACCGGGAGAACCUUCCGAACCUCUAGAUCCAGGCUUAGCAAUGGCAGGUGAAGAAUGGCAUGAAGGCUAUACGAGACCCGGCUGGAAACAAUUAGUGAUGGUUCUAGCUACUGGAAUGGGUGCAGCAGGCAUAUCGAGUGCUGUUCUAGGUACUUUCAUGGGUAGUCUGAUCAUUUUAGCGCGAUGGUGGGGUGCUGAUCCAGACAACAUCACACCACCCGUCGCUGCGUGUCUCGGUGACCUCCUCACUUUGUUCAUUCUCGCCUUAUUAGGUACCGCUCUUGUAGGGACUAUGGAUACCGUCAUACCCCUCUUGGCAGUCAUAACAAUGUCGAUAGCCGCAGGUUGGUUCACCAGACGAGUGAUUAAGAAUAAGUGGGUCAAAAACGUUGCCAGAGGCAGUUGGCUCCCCUUGAUUGGAGCAAUGCUUAUUUCAAGUGGAACAGGGAUGGUCUUGGCUAAAGGUGUUGGAAAGUAUCGUGGGUUUGCUUUGUUAGCGAUUUCGAUGACUGGUCUUACUGGAUCGAUAGGUGCUAUCCAUGCUAAUAGACUAUCGACAUCACUUCAUACGCUCUUACAUCCGCAUUCACAUCCGCAUCCGCGCCAACAACAGACUGAAAUCAACACAACCAGUCCUAGAAAUUUCGGAAAAUCAACUGACCAAGAAGGGAUGACACCUUUUCAAUCUGCAAUGACACUGUAUUUAAUCGCUUUCCCAUGUCAAGCUGCUUUUCUGGUUUUCGUUAGUUGGGCAGGAUGGAUUGAUCUGAGUCUAAGUUGGGCUGGUUGGGUUUGUUAUGCUCUCACUACCGGUAUCUCACUAGUGCUAGCGCAUCGGAUGACGUUAUUUUUCUGGUCAAAAGAUCUAGAUCCAGACUCCUAUACGCUCCCUAUACAUUCAGCUUUAGUUGAUUUUCUCGGUCAGCUAUUGUUGAUGUUGGCUUAUGAAAUCUGUAUCUGGGAAGGAAAAGACGUUCUUGUUGUCGAUUACGUAGGAUAG